AUCUAAACAUUCUGAUUAAAGCUUCAUUUUAUCUUCCAGAGCCGUCAAAGGUCAUCACGGUGAAAGAAGACAGUGAUGUUGUGUUACCCUGCUCUCUCAGCACCAAGAACAUUACAUCUGAACUCUUUGACUGGAGGAAAGUGGCUCAGAAAAAUGAAGUUCAGAAGGAGGUGUACAUGUAUGAUAACGGCACUCAUUACAACAGCGGUCUAGAUGGUCAGAGUGAAGAGUUCAAAGGUCGAGUCUCUCAUUUUCAAGAUGAACUGAAACACGGCAACGCCUCCAUAAUCAUCAGAAAUACAAAGAUAUCUGACAGUGGAGACUACAGCUGUGAUUUUCCAAAACUUCAAACACCUCAAACAUUCUACGUUAAGCUUGUUGUGGAGCGUGUCUUAAAAGACCGAUCAGGGGAAAACAUCCCAGGUGCAGCUCCAAAACCAUUGAUUGAAUCACUAAAGGACGGGGUGCUGCAGUGUAAAGUUCAUGGCAAUCCAACACCCGAAGUUGGUUGGCGGGACAGAGAUGGAAACGUCCUUCGUGCUAAAGUAACAGAAAGAGGAGACGGCUUCAACAUCAUCCUCCAAACUACUGUGAAAAAGAGCGGCAUCUAUUGUUGUGUAGCAACACAGGAGGAAAUCAAACAUCAGAUUUAUGCUGAGACCAAUGUGUAUAUCAGUGGACUCUCCCCUGGAUGGAUUGUUCUUAUAGUUGUUGGUGUUGUUGCUGGUGUUGUUUGUUUAAACGUUGGUGUUGUUAUAGCUGGAGCGGUGUUUGUAAAAAAGGGCUACAUCACAUUAUAUCGUAUAAAAGGGACAAAAGUCAUCAAAGUGGAAGAAGGCAGUGAUGUUAUUUUACCCUUCUACGUCCAGCCCAAGAAGGACAUUACGUCAAAAGUGUUUAUCUGGAGGAAACGUUCCGAGGCAGGUGGAAAGCAGAAGAACGUGCUCCUGUAUGAUAAAGACGUUCUUAACAAAGGUCAGAGUGAAGAGGUCAAAGGUCAAGACAAAGAGAGUGAAAAGGUCGAAGGUCAAGACGAACAGUUCCGAGGUCGAGUCGAAUAUUUUCAAAAAGAACUGAAAGAAGGCAACGCCUCCAUAACCAUCAGAAAGAUUACGAUGGCUGACAGUGGAAAAUACAUCUGUAUUUAUCAAUAUCGGCGGAAACCUCAAACGUUCAAAUUUAAUCUUGUAGUUGUUGAGCCAAAAGUCAUCACAGUGGAAGAAGGCAGUGAUGUCAACGGCGGGCCCGAGGAGAACCUUAGGUUAAAAGAAGAAACGUCCUGAGAUUCAACUCAGAAGAAGAAGAAACAUGAUUCAAUGAUCUAAUGGAACGUCGUCCACUAAUGAUGACAUGAGGCUUUGAUGAUGUCUGUGUUGCUGAAACAUUGAUUUAGUUUCCAGUUCUUUUCUGCUGGGUUUUAUCCCAGUUAGGCUGGUUGAUGUGGUCUUCAGGUCUAGUUGAUGGGGGACCUGUUGGUAAGACUGGUCCAGGAUUCCUGAUCCAGAGGUGUGUAGAGCAGAGAGGACCAGCUCAACAUGAUGAUGCUCUUAGAAGUCUUUAUUUUAUAUUCAGAAGUUAGCUGUGAUGGUGUGAAGUGUGACAUAUAUUGUGUAAAAAGGUCCCUUCAUGUAAUCUUUUAGUUAUUUUAUAGUGUUUUAUUCCAGCUGUUUGCUCUUUAGACGAUCAUUUCUUGCCUGUGUGUGUAGAAGAAGAGUAAAGGCUGAGAUGUGGAGUUGAU